AUGGAUGAUCAAGACGAUAACGAAUGGCUCAAUCAAAUUCCUUUUGAGCUGACUGAGACGGACAAAGAGAACAUGCUUGCUGGUGAUGCGAAGUUCAAACCUCAUACAUGGGAUGAGCUCAAGCAGAUAAUAGCGGACAACAAAUUAGAUAUUCUAAAACGCAGGCCGUCUGACUUGAAGCGCUACUGUCUCUGGACUAAUGACACGAAGAAAAACUAUGGCACCAUGACCAAUUUUGUAUGCAAGGAGCGUUUGUUCUGGGAGCCUUCCCUGUCUUCCACUGAGCAAACGGGACCAAUCUUUGAAUGCAAAGAUCCAAAGCCGUUUUCAAAUUCGGACGAUUACAAAAUCUUGAUCAACGACUGGCCGUACGGAUUCGAGGCCGGAAUCACCCAUCUUGUAGUCUGGCUGAAGAGGAGGAUCCCUGUCCAGCCGCCUGAGGGUUAUCUCACUUCGGAGUCCAAGAUUUUGAUCGAAGAUUUCGUGCAGAAGACAUUUGUUCAAAAAUUAGCGAAAGAUGACGCUCCAGCGACGGACAGGGUACAAUGGUUCAAAAAUUGGACAGCUCUGCAAAGUGUUCGGAGUCUCGAUCAUUUUCAUGUGCUGGUGAGAGACGUCCCCGAGGCGAUAAUCGAGGAAUGGACUGGUGCGAAAGAUGAGACAGCUGCAAUCGACAAUUUACAUAGGAGUGUGGGCAUUGUUCUAGACGUCUUUAGAGCCAAUGAAGGGAAACAGAUCAUCAGGAGCCUUUCGGAGCUCAAAUACGAGCUCCAGCAUAAUCGCCCCCUGACCCCGCUUCAGGACGACGGAGGGCCAGAUAUCGCGGACUACAAUAAUCAUUUAGCGGCACUGAGACUGCCACGAUGGAUAGAUGCGCCGUAUUUGUUCACAGAAUGCUAUCUAUACCGUCGUUUGCGGACAUUCUUCGCCCUUUCAACAUGCUGGCAGGAUCAUGAUGUUUUCUUCGACCUCAAGGCGCAAGCGAUUGAGGAAGGGCGGGAUCACAUAUUUCGAGUUGCAAAAGAGUACAAGACAGCACUGGAGCCGGUCCUGACCAAUACUGUGGAAGGCGGCCGCCUAUCUCGUGGCGUGGAGGCCAAAUGGAACAACGAGGAGGACCUAUUUCAAAGCUUGUGCCGGUCAAGCGUCGGAACUGCUGGACCCGAAGCCGCCAAUGCGCUCAUUGAUCAUCUGAAGUCUGCCUAUACAGCUCUGCAACAGGUCAGAGACCAGCAAGAAGAGGAACAAGUGAUUCACAUCAUACUCAAUGACGCAGGUCCCGAACUCUACAGUGAUCUCUGCCUCGCCGGCUACCUCGUUAUCUCAGGGCUAGCAAGCCAGAUAAUCUUACACGCUAAAUCUUUCUCUUGGUUUGGCGAGAAUGCUAUAUCGUCCGAAGUUGCUCACGUCCUCGCGUCUUCGGUAUCAAAAGUCCAAGACGAGGACGAGACGUUCAAGUUUGUCACGAGUCACCUAAACACAUUGAUCCAAGAUAACAAAAUCACCAUUGCUCCACCAAACGACUUCUGGACCUCCUACCACACUUUCUGGCAACUACCUACCCACUCCCCCAACCUGUAUGACGAAUUUAGGAAAGCAAAGCUAGUGAUCUUCAAAGGCGACGUCAAUUACAGGAAACUGAUCGGAGACCGCCAAUGGCCAUCAACCACACCGUUCUCAUCAGCUCUCGGGCUACUAGGUCAGGGCUCAGGUGUACGGCUACUAGCACUACGAAAGUGCACAUCUGACGCCAUCGUAGGACUGGACGCAAGGCAGCAUGAGAAGCCGCAGCUCAGCAUAGAUAGCGCAAAGAUUGCUCGGAGGGGGAGGAUGUUGUGA